ACUCUCACUAGUCGGCCGCCUUUCUCAGCUUUCCCCUUUUCAUUUUUCUUUCAGUUUGUUUGCCCUUUUCCGUUGUAUAUAUUUGCAAAUCAUGUUGGAAAUGAGUUGAGUGAGUUUUUCGACGAUUCUGCGCACACUUUAAUGCAAAUAUCUUCCAAUGUCAUGGCCUUAAUCAACAAGCUUAUCCCUAGAAAAUUUCGUAGUACGUCCUUGAACAGCAAAUCCGAUACGUGUUUAUUGACGAAUAAGAAGCAGGCCAGCAGGCAGCGCGGAGCUCUUUUAGAAGCUGUAAAGAACCAGAAAAAUUCUCAGAAAGUCAUCACAAAUGGAGACAACAUUGGCUCUAAUCAUUUGGGAACUUCCGCUCAAAUUCGACUGUUGCUCUUCCGUGAGUGCGAAGUCCGCGGUCGGCGCUUGAUCUUUGAUUCAGGGGGCGGAGGCGGACCGUGGCUCCAGUUUAAAGAUGAAUUCCAAGACCUCCAACUAAUGAAAGACAUGGUCUUUGGCUCCGCCACCUUAAAAUACUCAGGGGAUAAUUUUCGAGUCCAUGAUUUUACCUCGGCACCAUGGAAAGGUUAUGAAAUGAUGCUCAGCAAAGUUUUCCUCAUUCCACCGCUAUCCCAGCAACCGUCGAGAACUGCUAAUAGAAACAGAAACUCUGCCAGCAAUGUGAAUGAAGCAGACAAAUUGGCCAAUGCCCCGAAGGAUAGCGGCUACAUGGAGACUUGGGUGGAAGGCGGAGCGGAAGGCAAUAGCAGCAGUGCGUGUUGGAGUAGCGGCAUCAGCUUGGCAACCAGCGGCGCUUCUUCGAGAACAAGUUUUGGUUCUGGUUCGCUGAUUAUACCACGCAUCGCAUCCGCUCGCAAAGCAGCAUCCGAUUCUCUGCUUAAUAGUGCCAAUCCCAAUCCUUCGCAUGGCAACCAACCGCAAAAUCGUAACCACAAGACUCGAUUGGCCAUGGCGCUAUUUUUCUCACCCACCGAUCAACACGCAGCAACUUCCGCACGCGAGGUCGUCUUCGGUCAAAACGCGCCUCUAGUCGAACAUUUCAUCCAGCGGCUCCAGUUGGGCGUUUUGAGGGCCUACUCCAGCCGUACAAAUUUCCACAGUUUUAUUCAAGAAGCUAUCUGUCAAUUUGAAAAGGACAUGAACCGGUUAGUCAACGCUCCAAGGUGCACGGAAACUCCGGCUUGCUCAAUGGUCAUGGGCUCUUCAUUCGCCACCUCCAAUCGUCGGCAAAUGGCCCGGCGCUUUAUGACCAACUGGGAAUCGAUCGUCACCGACACGGACACAAAAUUGACUCGCUUUUUCUGGAGCUCGUUACUCUCGGCUUUGCUCACGUACCACGUAAAUUGGCUGUAUUCGUACGUCACGGAACCGGCAGAAUUUUUCGACUGCGGCACGAGAGUCUUGGUUUUGAGCAAAGAUGGCGGACUUGCCCGAAGACUUUUGCACGUACUUAGUUAUUUCGUCAGAGUGUCUGCCCCUGCGGCCCAUCCGCUGGCUGAAAUGACGUUUUCCGACCAUCCGCCAAGGCUGCUGGUGGGCAGUAAUGGAGACCCGAUGGAUGAAACUUUGGCCGAUUACUCGACACAAAUUUGCCAUUCGAAGAGCAUGUUCCAGCUGGGAUAUGCGGAUGGCGCUUCGAGCUUAUCUCCGGUCGUGCUGCCAAUGCGGAGGAACGGGUCCAGUUUACUGGAAAGACGAACGCCUCCCGGCCUGUUGUCUUCACACCGUCGAAGUAGCCAACAAUUACUGGAGAACACUCGAUAUCUCAGGAAUUAUUACGACGUACGCUUCCAGCUAUCGCCCGACACCAUUGCCAAACGUGAUCCCACGAAAGCCUUUGCCAAUCUCAUCUCGUCUAUAGCUAAAAACGGGUUCCACGAUUUUUACACGGAAGAAUUAGCCACGACAGACAAUAACAAGCCCAGAUCCGCCUCGUGCGCUUUCUUCGUUGGCAGUAUUCCGGAUAAAUCCAACUCGCGAGAGGAAUCUCCGAUGGGCAACGAGCCAGGAGGACACGGCACAGCCGCUGCCUCCUGCACAACACGACCUGUUCAAGUACAAAUUCCAAGUGUGUGUGCCAAGAUGCCCAUCAACGACCAGUCAUUAUCCGAUUGGAUGUACGGCACCGAUUUGGAGGACGAAUACCAAGCCGGACGGACCCUGCAGUCUUGCGAUCCCAGCCAAAGUGACUGGCUGAGCAACUUGAAACUCGAUCUGCGAGCUGCCUCUGCCCGCUGGAAAACCGUCCACUGCAUCGUUGCCAACACAGACACUUGGGAAGUUCAAGUGUUGACUUGCGUUGAAGAGGAGACCAUUCCGCCACGGACAAAGCAAUAUUGGGUCCCUGUCACCAUGUCCGGACAAGUGGCUGCUCUGGUCGAAUCGACUCAACUGCUUUGGUUGAUGAUGCGUGAUGCAGAACAGUGCCUUGAUCAUGUCGAAAGCCGUUUGCGCUUCCUGUGCCAAAAAAGUGAAGACUUGGGCGCCUUGCUUUCGACUUCGAUCCGAUCAUGGAACAUUGACCGCGUGACUCGCUUACUGGACAUCGAAAAUCAAGACCUUCCGUUGUUGAUGGCCGGCUGCUCUGUACACAGCCCGGCGGUCAACUCCAUGGGUGGCGUGACGAUAUUGUGAUUGAGGACUGUUUGUUGUGUUUGUUUGUUGGUUGGUUGGUUUUCUUAUAUUUUUUUUUUCGUCCCCCCUUUUUCUAUAUAUAUCUGAAGAUUGUGUAUAUCUGUGGUUAUAACGUUACUCACUAUAACCUUCCAAUUCUUUUUUUUUUUUUUCAAGAUUUAUCAAUUUGCGCUGAUUUAUUCUAUUUCCUUCCGAGUCAGUAAUGUGAGCUUGUUUUUUCGAUAUUGCUUUUUUCAUCCCUUCAUAUCUCUUGCCUUACAAAAAUUGAUAUGUGAAGGAGACAAGUCGCUGAUCUUGAAAGUGUUCACGUCCGUCGUUUAAACAAAAACAAAAAUAUAAAUCAAAGUUUAUUUUUCCCAAA